GCCACUCAUUCCGCUUCCUGCUUCACAGUGCGGUUUGUUAUUAAAGCGUUGCUUUAAAUGUGACGGAAAAUGUUGACUGUCGGAGUUAAUGAAGUCGCCGCUUAAAAAGUCAUGCAUAAGAUGUCAGGGGUCCAUGAGUCACACAGGAAGCGCCGCCCCCCCAAAAUGUUUUUGAUCUCGACCGACCUGAAGAUCCAGGACCAGCUGGAGGGAACCAUUCGGCUGCAGCGGGGGUUCAUGUGCCAGGAGCAGGAUAAGAGCAGAGGCGACAGCCUUUGGGUUAAGGUGCUGGAUAAUGGCAAAAUGUUAAAACUAGAGAGGAGGUUCCUGCAUGAAAUCCCAGCUGAUCUGAGCGGCCUGUUGGAGCCGGUAUCUGAUCCAGAGACCCGCAUAAGGCUUCUACAUAAUCCCACGAAGCUGCAGCAGCUGGCCAAUUUGCCUUUGGAUGCUCUGCUAUGGGUCGAAAUAGGAAAGCAGGAUGAGCUGGCAGAGGCGGAGCUCAAAUAUGUCGGGCCGCUGACCAGAGGGAGCAGCGCUGUGGUUUUUGGCGUGCAGCUUAAGGGUUCAGCAGUAGGUAAAGGAAUAAGCAACGGUUCCUAUAAGGGCCAUCGGCUCUUCAGCUGCCCCGAUGGCUGCGCCCUCUUCGUCCCGAUCAGCCACAUCAGGCUCCGUCACUGGUCUCGAAGCAAUGGCUCCGACGCACAGGAGCGAGGCCGCGAUCGAGACCACCACCGCAGCAGCAACGAUUACCCCGUCAACGGUAACCCAAGUCAUCAUAAUCAGCAGGCCAGUCAUCACGUUAGCUUCCACCAGCAUCGCCCCAGCAGCCCUCCUCAGCCGCACGCCAUUGGCAUCCUCCCUCGAACAGCAGAGUCGGCACCUGUCACAGGUCAAAACCAGAUCCACGUCCGUGGUCUGUUGCCUUCACCAUUCCACAUUGGCCAGCGGGUGUGUUUCCCCCUGGAAGACGCUGUCUAUGCAGGGGAGGUGCGCUUCUGUGGUCCUCUGCCUGGCCGGUUCUCAUCAGGGCUGUACGUUGGAGUCCUGCUGGACGCUCCUGUCGGUAACUGGGACGGCUUUUGUAAAGAAGAGAAGCUCUGCCACAUUCCAUCUCCUCUGUAUGGACGACUUCUGCCAAUCACCAAGGUUUCCCCCGAGCCUCAGUCCCACCGUCACCACCUUCCUCCCCACAUUCCCAAGUCCAUCCUGAAGCCUGUGCUGCCACCCGUCUCUAAGCCAGGUCCUGCGUCACCACCCGCCUCUGCUCCCAAAGUCGCCCUCAUGCCCCCCACCAAGCAAGCACUUAACCCCCCUCCACUGCCACCACCAAAACCCAAUCCCAAACCCCUGCCUCUUGUCCCUUUCCCACCUCCCAAACCCCGCAGCCCGACUUCGCCAACCUCCACCGAGCAACUUCAGCGCACCAACGGCGUGCACGGCCCUCCAUCACCGCUUAGGUUGCCAGACAACGAUGAGGCUGCCGAGGGGGACCGGGAUGCAGGACUGGAGAGCGAGCUGGAGGUGGGGUCGAUGGUUGAAGUGAACGAACCGCCGCUUUUUGGAGUUGUUCGCUGGAUUGGACGUAUCAGUGGGAUUUCAGAGCUCGUGGCAGGAAUUGAGCUGGACAAGGAGAUUUCUGCAGGAACCGACGGCAGCUACCUCGGCGAACGUCACUUCCGCUGCCCGGCCAACAAGGGGCUGUUUGUCAAGCUUCGCAACUGUAGACGGGACUCCAGGUUUCCCGCCCCUGAGACACCUGUCAAUCAAGUGGAACGAUGCAACUCUGUAGCCUUUGCAGAAUGGGGAAGCGAGCGCGUGGAGGAGCACACGCCUCCUGUGGACGGGGACGAGGCCAUUGAGCUCUACCAGGGCUGGAAGAGAGGCAUCCAGGGUCACCUCAACUCCUGCUACCUGGAUGCUACGCUCUUCAGUCUUUUCUCCUGCUGCAGUUCAGCAGACUGGGUGUUGUUUUGGCCCUCGGACCCUGAAACGGACCUGAACUCCAGUCAGGCUCAGGACCUGCUGCGCUGUGAGAUAGUCAACCCCCUGCGACGGUUUGGCUACGUGUGUGCCAGUAAGACCAUGGCCCUGAGAAGACUGCUGGAGGCUGCUAACAGCGACACGGGCUUCACCAGCCAGGAGAAAGAUCCUGAAGAGUUCCUCAACAAGCUUUUCCAGCUCCUCCGGGUUGAGCCACUCCUCAAGAUCAGGUCCAUGACCCAGCAGCCUCAGGAGUGUCACCUCUACCAGCUCUUCCCACCUACUCUUCCUGCCUCACCCUCCUCACCCUCACCCCUCUCCCCAGUUGACUCCCCCAUUGCUCUCACCUCUCCAUCGUCCAGUCGGAUGAGAGUCGCCAGCGUCCAGACACUGCUGGAGUCCUCCUUCCUCCACGCCGGCCUCAAGUUUGUUGAGGCUCCGUCCUGCCUCUUGCUGCUCAUGCCUCGGUUUGGAAAGGACUUCAAAAUGUUUGAUGCCAUCUUACCAACUCUCAGCAUGGACAUCACAGACCUACUGGAUGACACUCUGAGACAGUGCAGCAUCUGUCAGGCUGUAGCCGAGUGGGAGUGUCUCCAGUGUUAUGAAGACUUGGACAUCACUCCAGGCCAUCUCAAACAGUACUGCCAGACCUGUAACACUCAGGUUCACAGUCACAGGAAGCGGGCGUCCCACAGCCCGGUGAAGGUUGCCAUCCCCGGGGGUUCAUGGUCAGGUCCUCUGCACUGCACCCGCCAGCGAAUGUCUCUCUUUGCCGUGACGUGCAUCGAGACCAGCCAUUAUGUGAGCUUCAUCAAGCACGGACCCCUCCUCACUGACUGGCUGUUCUUUGACAGCAUGGCAGACCGGGAAGGUGGCGAGAACGGCUUCAACGUACCCCAGGUGAAGGCAUGUCCAGAGGUGGGCCGCUACCUCAGCCUGUCAGAGGAGGAGCUGAGCAGAGUGGACCCCGCGUCCUUACGGGAGCCCGCCCGCCGCCUGCUGUGCGACUCCUACAUGUGUCUGUACCACAGCCCUGAGCUCAGCCUAUACAAGUGAUGUGGACACACACACACACGUCUGAGCAUGGAGCAAGAUACUGAACAUUUUGUCCUCAGGUUCUUCAGUCUUAUCUAACUGUCAGUCAGCACGUCCAUAAUUUAAAAUAAUAGAGGUAAUAAUGAUAAUAAUAUAAAUUUUCAGUGUCUUAGACCCUGUUCACCCUCAGCAAUAAAAUUCAAUAAAAUGCAUCUUGGGUGAUUCAAGAAAGACUGCAGCACAGGAAUAUUAAGAGAUGUGUUUGUAAUUCAGAAACUGUUGCUGUUACACAGUUUGUCCACCUGAGAGCACUGAUAACAUCAUAUUUCGACCGAAACCUGUCCAGUUCAGUUUAUCUCUGAUCAGACUGAAAGACUGCCUGCUCAGUGUGCAUUUAGGUUAUGAAAGUUUGUACUAAAGGCAAGUAACACUUUCACAGUCCAGAUUAGAUGUUUAGUUUUGCUGUCUUGCUGCUAUUUUCCCCCACAGAUAACAAAUGAAUGUGUGAGAAAGAUGCAUAAUCUAACCACACUCAGGAUCAUAUCUGUUUCUGUCUUAAAAGUACUGAUCAGAGCUUCAGAACUAAAAGUGUCCUCAGACAAAAUAAAAAUGUGAUAAUCCAGUAAAUGUAACACAAGAACAGCAGUGUGACAAACAGCCUGCAGCUUACUGGUUGUUCAAGAGCUUUGUACACACAUGACGUUGGUGGUACAUUAGUCUGCUGGGGGGAGGCAGUACUCGUGUUUACGCCUAAGUUGAGCUGUGUUCAUGAGAGUGAUGCUUACACGCUGUACAGAACCACUGUGUCUGUAACAUGUAACAAACGUACACUUUAUAAAAUAAUUUGCACUGCUUCAUUUACAGGUCAGUAUGUGUAUAUAUAUGAUACCACUGCCUUCAGCUGACUGCAAAUACUUUAAAGUUUAAUGGGGACAGUGUCCUGGCUAAUAAAUGAUUUGAUACUCUUC